UAGCUGCAUGUCGGCGAAAACAAGUAGACGUCUUCUUUUCCCCAAGCAAGAGACGGCCCUUUUACACCCUGGUCUAUAAGCCAAUAUCCUGGCUCGCAGAUGUGCGGCAAUCCAAUCACCGCCGACCCGUCAACUGCAACUAUUCAGUCUAGACCCUACAGGAGACCCCGAAUCUUCGCAGCAAUGAUUUGCCCCAAAGAAGCUUAGUCCAAGCAACAGAGCUACAUGAGUAAAAAGAAAUAAUGGCGUGUAACGCUCUACUACUACGUCCGAGAACACCGGGAUGUUUCCAACGUUCCUCGACGAGAGCCAGGAGAACCUGCUGGGUUCGUCUGGGCACCUAGCUACCACGUUUCCCCCAGGCUGGGAUAUGGUGGUCCCACCAACAACUCGAUGCUAUCUGCAGGGGGGUGUAUUCAUCUCGUCGCAGAGGUUGUGGGUUACUUUCCGUCGAUACCCUACUGGACGGUGCAGCUAUAUAAUAUCUGGCAAACACUCCCCAAUCCUACCGUUCCUAUGUUUCCUUUCCCUUGCUACCCCCGUCUAAGACGCGCCGUCCUCCGUGCUCCAUCGGCGACGCCAGUUAAACUUUGGAUCGUGAUAGCUUCAACCUUAUAAUAUACGCAGGGACAAAGAUAAACAACGAAAAAUGGCUGGAGGUGCUAUCGUCACGGGCACUGUCGACGUGGGCCGCGUCGAGGCCCCGGUUACCUUUAAGGCCUACCUGAUCUGCGCCUUCGCCGCCUUCGGUGGUAUCUUCUUCGGUUAUGAUACCGGUUGGAUGGGUGGCGUGCUGGCCAUGCCGUACUUCAUCACUCUAUACACUGGAAUCCCCUACGACUACGACGCUGCUGCACCAAUCGGCGUUAACAAAGAUACCUUCGUGCUCCCUUCUUCGAUGCAGUCUCUGUUCACAUCUAUUCUGUCAUGCGGUACUUUCUUCGGCUCUCUCAUGGGAGGUGACAUCGCAGACUUCGUCGGCCGACGUCCUACUAUCAUUGCCGGUUGCUUCGUCUUCAGCAUCGGUUGCAUCAUGCAGAUUUCAAGUACUAACCAAGAAGUACUAUUCGUUUUUGGCCGUUUGAUUGCUGGCUGUGGUGUCGGUUUUAUUUCCGCCGUCGUCAUCUUGUACAUGUCCGAGAUCGCGCCCAAGAAGGUCCGUGGUGCUAUGGUUUCCGGUUAUCAAUUCUGCAUUACCAUCGGUAUCCUAUUAGCCAACUGUGUUGUCUAUGCUACCCAAUCUCGCCCCGAUUCGGGCUCGUACAGAAUUCCUAUCGGUGUUCAGUUCCUGUGGGCCCUUAUUCUUGGUAUUGGUUUAUUCAUCCUCCCCGAAUCUCCCCGUUACUUCGUGAAGAAGGGCAAGAUCGAGGACGCUGCCAAGGCUCUCGCCUUCGUCCGCGGCCAGCCUCUGGAUUCCGACUUUGUCAAGGACGAACUAGCCGAAAUCGUGGCCAAUAAUGAGUUCGAGCUACAACACAUCCCCCAAACUUCAUAUAUCGGUUCUUGGACCGCCUGUUUCAAGGGCUCCUUAUCCCACGGUAAUAGCAGUAUUCGACGAACUAUCCUGGGUGCGGGAUUACAAUUCAUGCAGCAAUGUACCGGUAUUAACUUUGUGUUCUACUUCGGUACUCCGUUCUUCACGCAGUUAGGAACCAUCUCCAACCCGUUCCUGAUCUCUCUGAUCACGACCCUGGUCAACGUUUUAUCGACGCCUAUCUCUUUCUACGCCAUCGAGAAGUACGGUCGCCGUGCCCUUCUCCUGACGGGCGCUUCUGGUAUGAUCAUCUCUCAAUUCAUCGUCGCCGCCGUCGGUGUCACGCAGGGACGUGAGGAGGUCCACAACAACGCCGCCGUCCAGGCCAUGAUCGCGUUUAUUUGCAUUAACAUCGCCUUCUUCGCCACGACCUGGGGUCCCACCGCUUGGGUUGUAGUUGGCGAGAUCUUCCCGCUUCCCAUCCGAUCACGCGGUGUCGGUAUCUCCACCGCCUCCAACUGGUUCUGGAACACCAUCAUAGCUGUCAUCACCCCCUACCUCGUCAACGUUGACGAGGCCAACUUAGGUCCCAAGGUUUUUUUCCUAUGGGGCUCGCUAUGCUGCCUCUCCCUUACCUUCGCAUACUUCCUCGUUCCGGAGCUCAAGGGCUUGUCCCUCGAGCAGGCCGAUAUGUGCAUGCAGGAGGUCAGCCCUCGCCGCUCGGCCGGCUGGAAACCAAGCCACACGUACGCGGCCGAGAUGCACCAGGUCGAGGAUAAUCAGGCGAUCUUGGGUGAUACGAUCGAGGAGAAGGUCUAGAAGGACUUCGUUCCGGACUUUUGUACCUUACCAGAAGCCGUCGCUAUCGGACGGUGGGAGCCAUGCUGGAGAAAGCGGCUGUGUGGGUCGAAGAUCAGACCUAGGUUAUAUAUAUACCUGCUACCUCAUAUGUGACUAUAUAACGAUAUAUCCGUACUUAUACUUGAAAAAACAAUUAUAUAAAAGACAGAUAGUCGAGCUCCGUGCUCGGUUUAUGGGUAUAUAAGCUGAUUUUAGUUUGCAACAUGAUACAUUAUAAAUACCAAGAUCUUGAUGA